AUGAGCGCGGGUUCGAUUGAGCAAGAGCCGUCGCGCAAGCUGGCCUGCUGCGGGGUGCCCCUCAUCACCGAGGACAUGCAGUCCCUGGCCAUCCGCACCCUCUCGGGCACUGACAUCAGCAAGCACUACGACCUCAUCCGCGAGCUCGGCAAGGGCACCUACGGCAAGGUGGACCUGGUGUCCCACAAAAGCACAGGCACCAAGAUGGCCCUGAAGUUCGUCAACAAGAACAAGACGAAGCUGAAGAACUUCCUGCGGGAGUUCAGCAUCACCAACACGCUCUCCUCCAGCCCCUUCAUCAUCAAGGUCUUCGACGUGGUCUUCGAGACCGAGGACUGCUACGUCUUUGCUCAGGAGUAUGCCCCCGGCGGGGACCUCUUCGACAUCAUCCCGCCGCAGGUGGGGCUCCCCGAGGAGCUGGUGAAGCGCUGCGUGCAGCAGCUGGGCCUGGCCCUCGACUACAUGCACGGCAAGAGCCUGGUGCACCGGGACAUCAAACCGGAGAACGUCCUGCUCUUCGACCGCGACUGCCGCCGC